GCCAAGACCCCACCACCACCUUCUCCCACCUCCAUUGACCCCUCCUCCUUCUCCUUCUCCUUCUCCUUCUCCUUCUUAAGCUCACCUCGUCGGUGAUUCAGAGAUACAGAGACGAGGUGGAGCAAUGGCCAAGAAGCCUCACCACCUCGCCUUCCACUGGGCAUGGGGUCUCAGAGCCCACUUCAACUCUCUCAUCGCCAUCGUCGCUGUCUUCGCCCUCAUCCUCACCCUCUCCCUCACCGCCAUUAAUGCCCCAAAACCCGUCCUUUCUACUCCCCGGAAUUCCUCCUCAAUUGAGAAAACCAUCAGUGCCCCCAAACCCGUCCUUUCUACUCUCCGGAAUUCCUCCUCAACUGAGAAGUGCAACCUCUUCUCCGGCCGCUGGGUCUAUGAUGAUAGCUCCACCCAUCCUCUUUACUCCGGUCUCCUCUGCCCCUACAUCCAUGACGAGAUUGGUUGUGAUAAGUAUGGGAGGAAUGAUACGAGCUAUCAGAAGUGGAAGUGGCAACCAAACCAAUGCAAUCUUCCCAGCUUCAAUUCAACUAAGUUGCUAGAAAGGCUCAGAGACAAAAGAAUGGUUUUUGUUGGUGAUUCUCUCAAUCGGAAUCAAUGGGUUUCAAUGGUUUGUCUUUUGGAAUCCUCUAUCCCUGUUUAUGAGAAGUCCAUGAAUUACAAUGGUUCAACUCUGUCUUUCAAUGCUAAGAAAUACAAUGCGACAGUAGACUUUUAUUGGGCUCCUUUGUUGCUGGAAUCAAACUGUGAUGAUCCAGUGAAACAUCGGGUAUCUAAUAGAAUGUUUCGUGCCGGGGCAGUUGAGACACAUGCCAGGCACUAUGCCAAUGCCGACAUUUUGAUUUUCAACUCUUAUCUAUGGUGGAAGAAGCCUAGGAUGAAGAUGAAGAUCUUGCAUGGUUCAUUUGAUGAUAAAGUGCAAGUUUACGAUGAGGUUGAGAUGAUAAAAGGAUUUGAGAUAGCCCUGAAGACUUGGUCACAAUGGUUGCAGGACAAUGUGAGACUUCAUAAGAAGGAGUUAUAUUUCAUGAGCUUGUCCCCUACUCAUGCUUGGGGCGAAAGUUUGGGUGAGGAUAGUUUUCAGAAUUGUUAUAAUGAGACUCAGCCUAUCCGAAAUGUCAAUUACAAUGGCAGAGGACAAGAUUUUGACAUCAUGCAGAUUGCAGGAAGUGUCAUUAAUCAACUGCAAAGGAAAGGUGUAAAUAUACAGUUCCUUAAUAUAACUCAUCUCUCUGAGUUUCGGAAAGAUGGACACCCGUCGAUAUAUAGAAAAUUCUGGGAUACUUUAUCUGAAGAACAGCUUGCAAAUCCAAGUAGCUAUUCCGAUUGUACUCAUUGGUGCCUUCCGGGUGUCCCAGAUGUUUGGAACGAGCUUCUUUACGCUCACAUUUUCUCAAAGCAUGCAGAGGAGUGAUUUGCUUCCUUUUUUUGUCACAAGAUGUUGUCGAUAUUGG